CUCAGGGGUCAGAGGUCACGGAUUCUUGUUUGGUAUAAUUAUUUCUCAUUAUUAUUAUUUCUGUUUCGUCUUCUCGUCUCGCUCGAGCUGCAGAGUCACGUUUUGGGGAUUCAGGGGCGUCGAGCGGCGAGGACGGCAGAUUUUAGAUUCCGCCUCACGCUUGUUUGUCUCGUGGUCCUGAGGCGGUCUGACUCCAGCUGUCGGUGGUUUCAGGUGGUUCAGGGUUUUCUUUACCUCGUGGACCUGAACAUGACCAGAACCGUCUGCCGCAAACGAGACCGCAGGGACCCGUCCAGCUGUGACUUUCAGCCCGAAGGAGACGAGCUGCGACAGACGUUUCAGUGUCACACUGAAGUCUGGCUGCUUCCCUGGGAACACAAGAGCCGGACCCUCAAGUUCACCUGCAGACCCCGAGACCACCGACGGGCCCCGAAACCCAAACCCUGGCAGCAUCAUCAUCAUCAUCAUCAUCAUCAUCAUCAUCAUCAUCAUCAUCACCUGCCGCGCCGCCUCGUCCCAGCGGAGGAAUAAAGUGUCAGUCUGUGUGUUUGCUCUUCUUCUGUGGUUGCUCGUGGUCAGCGUGACGGCAGCUGCAGUGAAAGCAGUCACUCAGGGACUGUAGUUUAUUUGUGAGGCGAGGGGCUGCAAAAAGCAAAAAUUCAUUCAUUCAUUAAAAUUCACCUCAAUCUUUUCUUUGAAAAUCACCAAAAAUAAUU